GCUACCGGGGAGCUGACUUUGCUGAAGAGAAGUUUCGCCUUAAAAGUUCUCCCAAAGAUGAAUCAGGGACUUUUUGCUUUGACAUUUCUCGUUUGCGUUUCUUUUGGUAAGUACUUUUGGUCCGUUCUAUUGCAUUGAUUCGCUCAUUGCCACCUAGUUCUUUCUCGCAAUGAUUAGAUGACAUGGGAGUCGAUCGAUACAUAGCGAAUUUGAAACGGUUUUAUUCAAAGUUCCCUUUCUUAGGGCUGUACUUUCUUCGCUGUAUUGGGUAUACGAUGAUAUGAUGUUCAGUCGUUCCUUACAAGAUUACGCUUCGUCUUUGUUACGGUUGUCUUUACGUAUUAAAUUGAUCUGAAUGGAGGAUCAUCAGAAAAAGCUGAGUUUGUCAAUAGGCCGUUAUAUUGAAAGUUGUAUUCAUGCAUUAGUGAAAAGACACUUUGUAACAUUAAAACUUAACUGGCCACGUUUAAUGAAAACAGCUGCCCUGUAAAACAACAAAACGUUUCCGCGUUCACGGAUAAGCCAGCGCCUACUUUCAUUUGACAGAGGCUUUCAAUAAACCACCAAAUUCCUAACAUAUCAGCUUGUAUCACUGAAAUAGCUUUACUGUUGCUUUAAAAAGUUCAUUUCCACUAGUAAUGCUAUAAUUGUCUUGGUUCGUGGUUCAAAUGGGAUCGAAGUCUACUUUAUUGCUGAAUUAGAAGUACAUCAAAUUUGGCGAGAGAUAAUUGUUAAAACUCUUUUGACAGGUUUUAGCUAUUGUAAACUGUUCCACGCUUUUGAAUCUCUACGUCGAAUAGAAUUUCUAGUAAAAUUUGUUUUUGGGCUCGAAGGAAAUGAUGUCUUGCCAUGAUCUUCUGCAGCCUGAAUUCCUCUGUACAAAGAACUAUCAAAAUUCCGUGACGGUAUAACUUUCACACAUUUGAAGACGGAAAAUUCCAGCUAUGAUUAUAGUAUGCAAUCGUGACUCGUGAAUAUAGGAGCAUGAGAGAAGUAUUAAGGGGUACCACCACAGAGUAAGGGAGUGAGAACUUUCACUCCGAAAAUGAUUUGUCAAAUGCAAGUGAACUUCUCAAACGUCAUGAUCAGUAAGGGAAAGAAAUAUUAAAAGUGCUCUUUCGUGUUAGGUUGUUGAUGGAGUUCUGAAUCAGUAUACCGUAGUCAUAACGUUAAUUUCAAAGUUUUCAUUUUUUUCGUCAAUUUUAGACUUUUUUAAUUUCUAGUGAAUGGGUUCAUUCUCUCUUAGCUCAAUGUCUAUCCGUUGGUUAUGAAAUAAAUAGGGUUCCACGUAAGAUUCCUAGAAACUGAGAAAGGGCUCAUUCAUAUUUUCCCGGAAUCGGGUCUGUCAUUUGUAAGGAUUAUUGAUAAGGCACCUCCCAUUCUGAUUGACCCUAGGUUAAAACUGACGUAAUGUUAAUGCCCUGAGUUUAUUUUGCUGUGACAUUCUGUCACUUAAGAAAAAAGCACUCAAAUGACUGUCCCUAAAAAGCAUGCAUGGUUGGGUCUCGUGUAGCGGAUAAAGAGCAUGAAAAAAUGUUUCAUAACUGAGUCUUCAUAGUUCGUUAAAGUUGACGUGAGGCAACCGGCCUAAUUAAGCACGUGGAAACAGUUGUCUACGAAACAAACUGAGCUAUUUUUGCUGCUAGUUGAAACUCUUAUACUAUACUUAUAGUAUAGAGCUACUAAAGGCCAAAGGAGAAUAUGUUGUCAAGAAAGCUAUGAAACUUCAUUAUAUGACUACUAGAGUAAAAAACAAAAUGAUUUCAAAUGAAAGUUAACUGCUAAAGGAGUUUAAUUUGUGAGGUUUAAUACAUCACAAGGGUCUACUCUCAUCCGAAUUUAGGCCGUUACUGGCCAAACAUUUCACAUUCUUGGUUCUGCUGAGGUCAUUUCUACCGAUUCGCUGCCUUUAAAUGAAUGAGGAGAGGAGACCCUGUCCAUGAAACAAGCUUGCGGGUUAAUUUAACUGGAAAUCUGUUCGCUCAAAAAGAUGAAAAUGAAACUUUUCUUAGGUUACGAGGAAGCCAACCUGACUAUCAUACUACUUAGUAUUAUCAUGAAAAUGUUGUUCUUCUUCACUAGCGAAGACAUCGUGGUUGAAAAAAAAACGGGGAAAUAAUAGACUUUUCAUUCGAAUUUUUUUACUUGAACUUCGUUAGCGAUAAAACCAAAUAAAUUAAGUCUACGUAACUUUGUCAUCGCCACAGGGAACCCGAACGCUGUAUUAGCUGAUAAAAUAAUCAGUUAUUUACCUGUGUUUCCGAAGUCCUUAUGAGCCUUUUUGGAAGUGAUUUGAAUCUAAUCAGUGGAUUCAUAUACUUUCCAAAACCGCUCUUUAAGACUCAGGAAACACAGGUAAAUAACAACUGAUUGUUUUAUCUAGCGCCGGUUCGGGUUCCAUGUGUCAGAACGAUUAUCAAGAGCAUUGCUGGAGCGUUAUAGGCCUUGCGACAGAACCAGUAGAUUCUUAAAAGAUCUAGCUAUCCGUGCUAACAACAGAGGGAAAACGGUACUCGGGCCACAAUCUGUUAGCACUGCUUUGCUGUAUAUAUAGAAAGGAGUGCAAUAAUUCCCUGAAAUUCUGAAGGUCUAUGGGUUCUAUUUCAGCAUGUGGCUUACAGUGUUAUCAGUGCUUCAGCACGAAAAGUUGGGAUGACUGUGAAAGCGCCAAAAAAGUGAUGAACUGCUCCUCUAGUGACAACCGAUGUUUAAAGGGCUACGUAGAUUUCAAAGUGGACGGAAAAUCACAGAAGGGUUACAAAAAAGAUUGUGAUUCAGCGGAUGAUUGCAAAACUGCCACAGACACCGAAGCCUGUAAGAAGGGAACCUGUAAAAUAGAUUGCUGCUCUGGAGAUCUUUGCAAUCCUGCCACAGUACCACUGGUCAGCGCCGUCAUCCUCACCGUAUGCGCUGUUCUGGCCACUUCUCUCUAAGCCAUGAACAGAGUACUCAAGUGUGGCUGUUUAUAGGUCCCAGAUUCGUUGAUUCGUUGUUGGGUUUAGUUUCUAAUUAAGCUUUUUUAUGAAAG